GAACCCGGGAGGUCUAGUGUUUAUUUUCCAUCACUCUCUAACCUAGGUACUUUGCUCCUCUCGUCUUGAUUUUGUCAUCAUAAAUAUCACGCCAUCUGCGCCUAGCUGCGGCAAUCUACACUCUUGUUUCCUGCUGCGGGCUUUCGAUCUCGGUGACGAAAGAAACCGGAGAAAAAGAAAUCUGGGGUAGCCGAUCCUGCUAAUAUCUGGCUGCUUAUAAGGCGGACCAGGGGUUUGAAGCAUCGAAUCAUGGGUGCCAAGAUUGAGUGCUACUUGGAUCUCGCAUCCUAUUACAGCUAUAUUGCCUUCACCGACUUGGCGCAGAAUCGAGAGAAGCUGGCAGCCAAUGGAGUCGAUAUAGAGAUCACUCCCGUGCUGCUGGGCGGCAUCAACCACUUGUCAGGCAACAAACCUCCAUGGACAAACGAGACCAAGGCCAAGUACCUCAAGUAUGAUUCUCGCCGUUCCGCGGAUCGGGUCGGUCUUUUCAACAUCCAGGGCCCUCCGGAUCUCAUGGCCGUCUCCCACACCGUCUCGCCACUUCGCGCUUUGCUCUAUAUCAAGGCCAACUAUCCACAGGCCACUUUUCUAGCCGCCUUUGAGUCUCUCCUCAUGGCCUUUUGGACGCCCCCGAAUGUGAACCUCAUUCCGGAAGAGAAUCUGCGGGCGGUGCUCCAAGGAGCGACGGAGAAACCCGGCAAAAGCGACAGCAAGAAGCUGUUUACUGAAGAAGAGGUGGACAAGAUUAUGCAGUCGCGCGGCCAGAUGAAGGAUGUGCUCUUGGCUUCUACGAAGAAGGCUGUUGAUUUGGGGGCCUUUGGAGCGCCUUGGAUUUGGGUGACGAAUGCAAAGGGAGAGCAAGAACCAUUUUUUGGAAGUGACCGAUUCCACCACAUUUACAAGUUUUUGGGCAUUCCUUUCCAAGACAUUGCUGUUUUAGCGCCUUCGAAGCUGUGAGCGAAAGAUUGGCGGCGAGAAAUUGGGAUAAUGAUAGCGACUCGGAUGUAAUUUGCUUGGAGCAUUAAUCAGGCAUUUUAUGUACAUAAAUAGGAAUUCCAAGACUGAGUUUUAAGUG